AUGUGGCCAAGAUCGGUAAGAAGCCAGAUACUAAACAAAACGUUUAACAUCAAUAACAUUGUGGCGGAUUUUCCCUCAAAUCCAGAAUGCUUGUCGGAUUUUGAAACAGUCGUUGUUGCUCCUACCAUGUUACCCGAAAACCACAAGACACAAAGCUACAAUAUAUUCGUUAGCACAUGGAAUGUCGGGGGUGUGACUCCCAUGGAAGACUUGAAUAUCGACGAUAUGUUGGAUUCACAAAAUACGAGCUGUGAUAUAUAUGUUCUUGGGUUUCAAGAAGUGGUUCCUUUAAAAGCUUCAAAUAUUCUUGGAUUUGAGAAGAAAAAUGUUUCAACCAAAUGGAACUCUUUGAUCAGCAAAGCCUUAAACAAGAAAUCAAAUAGCGGCCAAUCUAAUAAUACCGAUUUUAGGUGUCUCGUUAGUAAACGAAUGGUUGGUUUGCUAUUAUCAGUUUGGGUUCGCGGCGAUCUUCAUCCAUUUAUUCGAAAUCAUGACAUCUCAUGUGUAGGUUGUGGCAUCAUGGGUUGCUUAGGAAACAAGGGUUCAGUUUCGAUUCGGUUUCAGUUACACGACACAAGCUUCUGCUUUGUAUGUUGUCAUCUAGCAUCGGGAGGUGGAGAUGGCGAUGAACAGCAUAGAAACUCGAACGCCGUUGAUAUAUUUUCACGUACAAGUUUCUCCGACAACAAAAAACACCUUCCGAAAAGGAUUCUAGACCAUGAUCAAGUUGUAAUCCUUGGAGACUUGAAUUACCGGAUUUCGUUGCCCGACCAGGAGACAAGAUCGUUGGUAAAUAAGAAUGAUUGGAACGCUCUUAUAAAAUACGAUCAGUUGCGAACGGAACUAAUGGAUGGUCAAUUUGGAGCCUGGCAUGAAGGAAAGAUCAACUUUGCUCCAACUUACAAGUAUCUUCCCAAUUCGGAUGAAUAUUUUUCCAAGAACUUUGAUACAAAACGUUCCCCUGCUUGGUGUGAUAGAAUACUAUGGACAGGGGAUGGACUAAAGCAAAGUCUAUACACGAGAAGCGAAUCCAAGUUGUCGGAUCAUAGGCCAGUGAAGGCCAUAUUCUCUUCUCAAGUUAAUGUCUCAAACUUGGGAUGCCGAAACCUUUACCUUUCAGAUGUAUGUAGUCAAAUUCCAGCAAGCUUUGAAUUGGCGUCAGAAGACGGAUAUUCGACGAAUUGUGACCGAUUAAGCUUCCAAUAUGUAAAUAAAAUGAUCUCAUGAAAGUGAUUGGCUAGCUAGCUUGUUCAAAAUUAUAACAUAUACAUAGGACCAUAGGUGAUUUAUGUAUAAACAUAUAUAAAAAUUGAGAGAAA